GUUUGAUUCCAGAUUCAGGAAAAAAAAAAUCAAUCUCAUGUAAAGUUCAACCACUCCUCCAAAAGAAAUAGAAAUACUCCCAACCUUUCAUCACCAUUUUAUUGAGCGCACUACAAGUUGUUCAAGUUUGACUUUUGAUCUUGCUUUGAUUCAUACAACUAUACACAACACAUACUUCAACUAUCAAGCCAUGGUGGUGGAAGACCAGGCCCGCCCACUAGCAAGCCCGACCCAUGACCCAACACCAACUCGAUCCAUCAAACCACGGUGUUGCACCCGUUCUAUGUUAUGUGCCAUGUGCACAUUAUUGCUCCUGAUAAUCAUCAUAACCAUCAUAGUUGUAAUACUCAUGUUAACAAUCUUCAAGGUGAAGGAUCCAAUAAUGACACUAAAUAAGAUCACCCUCAAAGUCAACCUAAGUACCACCACCAAUGGUGGGUCGGGUUUCCGGCCCGUCGGGCCGUCUAAUAUCUCGAUGACAGCCGAUGUAUCGGUCAAGAACCCGAACCGGGCCACGUUCAAAUUCAGUAACACCACAUCGAGCAUAUACUAUAGGGGAAUUAUGGUCGGGUUGGCUCAUGGCCCGCCAGGUGAGGCCCGGGCCCGGCGUACGAUGAGGAUGAAUGUGACGGUUGAGAUCAUAACAGAACGGAUUAUUUUGGCUCCCAAUUUAAGUAGAGAUAUUGGUUUUGGCUUGUUUAGUAUGGAUACUUACACUAGAGUUCCUGGAAGAGUGAAAUUAUUGUUGAUUAUCAAGAGAAAUGUUGUUGUGGAGAUGAAUUGUACUGUUGCUUAUAAUAUUACUAGCCAGGAAAUUCAAGAUCAGAGUUGCAAAAGGCAUGUUGCCCUCUAAAUUUAGCAAUGUACAAUAACAUAUGUGUGAUGUGUUUUCUUUUGUUUCUACUAUUUUUUUUCUUGGACUUCUAGAAACUCGAAAUAAUAAAAACACGAAAAAAAAAAAGUGAUCUAAUUUGACACCAAUUCAAGACAUUAUCAUAACCUUCGUUAUCGAGCUUAGUAUUAA